GGAAGGGUGUGUCUAGGACCCAUUUGGCCCACUUGGACAGAGAUCUUUUUUGGCAGAAGGGGGGAGCUGCCUGUAGCCAUUUCCUGUGAUCCCCAGUGCUAUUUCCCGCAUCUUGACUACCACUCUGUCUGUUGAGUUGGAGCAGCGACUCUCUGGUGCCCCACUAGCUGAGUCUGGCUCGGUUAUGAGUGUGGUUGGGGCGCACAGCUAUUGCAUCGUGUCCUCGGAGGAAGAAGGCCUGUGUCUCGGUGCCAUGCCUGCUGUCACAAUGGGCAACGGCUUCGGCAACGGCAAGAUCCACACGAUGCGCCGCAAGUGCCGCAGUCGCUUCGUGAACAAGAACGGCCAGUGCAAUGUGCGCUUCUCGCACAUGGAUGAGAAGUCGCAGCGCUACAUGUCAGACAUCUUCACCACAUGUGUGGACAUCCGCUGGCGCUGGAUGUUCCUGAUGUUCACACUGGUGUUUGUGGUGUCCUGGCUGGCAUUCGGCCUGGCCUUCUGGGUCAUCGCUUUGCUUCAUGGGGAUAUGGACAACCCGGGUGGUGGAGACGAUAACUUCAGCCCCUGCGUCCUGCAGGUCAACAGCUUCGUGGCCGCCUUCCUGUUCUCUGUGGAGACCCAGACCACCAUUGGUUAUGGCUUCCGCUGCGUGACGGAGGAGUGCCCCUCGGCUGUCUUCAUGGUGGUCUUCCAGUCCAUCUUCGGCUGCAUCAUCGACUCCUUCAUGAUUGGCGCCAUCUUAGCCAAGAUGGCGCGGCCUAAGAAGCGUGCAGAGACGCUGCUUUUCAGCAACAAUGCAGUGAUCGCCAUGCGUGACGGGAAGCUGUGCCUUAUGUGGAGGGUGGGCAACUUGAGGAAGAGCCACAUGGUGGAGGCCCAUGUCCGGGCCCAGCUCAUCAAACCUCGCAUCACCGAGGAGGGUGAGUACAUCCCCCUGGACCAGAUCGACAUCAACGUAGGGUAUGACAUGGGCAUCGACCGCAUCUUCCUGGUCUCCCCGCUCACCAUUGUGCACGAGAUUGAUGAGGAAAGCCCCCUGUUUGGCAUCAGCAAGCAGGACCUAGAGUUGUCUGACUUUGAGAUAGUGGUGAUACUUGAAGGGAUGGUGGAAGCCACAGCCAUGACAGCGCAAGCUCGCAGCUCCUACCUGUCCUCAGAGAUCCUGUGGGGUCACCGCUUUGAGCCUGUCGUCUUUGAGGAGAAGAGCCAGUACAAAGUGGAUUACGCUCACUUCCACAAAACCUUUGAGGUGCCGUCCACCCCCCAGUGCAGUGCCAAGGACAUGGCGGAGAUAGAGGACGAGGACAAGGAUCCUACGCCCACCGACAACUCUUUCUGCUAUGAGAAUGAGCUGGCUUUUAUCAGCCGGGACGAGGAAGAGGAUGAGGAGGGGAAGCAGGAUAUGGACAGGGUGCCAGAGCUAGAGAGACUGGAGGCCACCGUCGGCCUAGACCAGAGGUCAUAUCAUAGAGAAUCAGAGAUAUGACCUUAGACCUUUGUCAAUAUUUUUCUUGUUACUCAGUUCUAGCGGGUUGUUUUCCAUGUGAAUACAUGCAGAGUAAUGCAUGUGCCAUAUAAAAACCAUGACUUGUUAGCAUCCCUCUACAGCCAUAAGGAAAGAGGAAAUCACUCUAGUCAGACUAGAAACAGCCAGGAGUGGAGACAGCAGUGCUGCUUCCUCAUAGCAUGGAAUAACAGGAACGUUCAUAAAAAGACCCCUCUCUCUUUAGGAAAACUUGAAAUAUUUUGGUCAUGAGAUAGUUUGAGGUAGGAGCUUUAUAUAAUGCAAUAUUCAUUGUCUAUUAGGAAAUAAUAUCUUAGCUAUAAAAAAAUAGAGAGAGAUUUCGUAGUAAAGUGUGUGAAGUAUUUCCAACAGAUCAAGAGGGUAUUUUGGGGGAUUCUUAUAACUGCCCUGUAUUGUAGUUUACAGAGUCAGUCAAAGAGGGAGAGUGUGUUGGAAAUAGAAACACUGGAUACCUACUGAUGUUUAGCUAAACAUUUUCUAUAUGCACACCUGUAGUUUUAAAGGUGCUUUCCAUAAAUACUGCCUGUAGCUAAUUAGCUAUUUGAAAAAUAUAUGAAACAUAACCUUCACAUUGGAAAAAUACAGUGAUUAAAUGCAUAAAUGUGCAUUGUGUAUUUUGCAUUUCUAUGCAAUUUGAAUCACUUAGAAAGUAAACAAUUUAUAUUAUGAAAGUAGCAUUUGUUAUAUUACUGGGAACCUACACUACCGUUCAAAAGUUUGGGGUCACUUGUUU